CUUAGUAUUCUCAGAAAACUGUCUUAGCAGUGUCAUACAAAACACAAACCCUCGUUGUCUCACUGCAAGUUGCAUAGAAACAAAGAACAGAUAUGGGAUUCCAACAACAUGGGAAUGGGCAAGUGGGGUUGUCUGGAACCCCUUUGGGAACACAUAACAAGUACAAGAGGAUGAACUCGGAGCUUGCAGAGGAUUAUGAUGAUGUUUUGCAUCAACAGGCAAGGAGGAUCAGUACAAGGAAAUAUGUUAUCGCUUGUGCCAUCUCUGCUUCUCUCAACAAUGUCCUUCUCGGCUAUGAUGUAGGUGUCAUGAGUGGAGCAGUUAUAUUUAUUAAAGAAGAUCUGAAGAUAUCUGAGGUGAAGGAAGAGUUUUUGGUUGGUAUUCUGAGCAUUGUUUCUUUGUUGGGAAGUUUAGGUGGUGGAAGAACUUCAGAUAUUAUUGGUAGGAAAUGGACAAUGGCCAUAGCUGCAGUGGUUUUUCAAAUAGGAUCACUCAUAAUGACUCUUGCUCCUUCAUUUACAGUACUAAUGAUUGGAAGACUUUUAGCAGGUGUUGGAAUAGGAUUUGGAGGCUUGAUUGCCCCUAUAUAUAUUGCUGAGAUAUCACCAAACACCACUAGAGGCUUUCUCACUACCUUCCCAGAGAUUUUCAUAAAUUUAGGAAUUUUGCUUGGUUAUGUGUCAAAUUAUGCAUUUUCAGGCUUUUCAGCACACAUAAACUGGAGGAUAAUGCUUGGUGUGGGAAUUUUGCCUUCAGUCUUCAUUGGCUUUGCACUUUUCAUUAUUCCUGAGUCACCAAGGUGGUUGGUAAUGCAGAACCGAAUUGAAGAAGCAAGAUCAGUGCUUUUGAAAACAAAUGAAAGUGAGAGAGAAGUGGAGGAGAGGCUAGCAGAAAUACAGCAUGCUGCUGGUUUGGCGAAUUCUGAGAAAUAUAAUGAGAAGCCAGUGUGGUAUGAACUGUUGUUUCCUUCACCUUCCCUUCGCCGAAUGAUGAUCACAGGAAUAGGGAUUCAAUGUUUUCAGCAGAUAUCUGGAAUAGAUGCAACUGUGUAUUACAGCCCUGAAAUUUUCAAAGCAGCUGGGAUUCAGGAUAAUUCAAAACUCCUGGCUGCUACUGUUGCAGUUGGUGUAACAAAGACCCUUUUCAUAUUGGUAGCUAUAUUUCUUAUUGACAAAGUAGGUAGGAAGCCACUACUCUAUGUAAGCACAAUUGGGAUGACAAUAUGUUUGUUCAGCAUAGGGGCUAGUGUUUCUUUGUUUGGACAAGGGUCUUUUGUGAUUGCAUUGGUGAUUUUGUUUGUUUGCGGGAAUGUAGCUUUCUUUUCUGUUGGAUUAGGACCUGUGUGUUGGGUUGUGACAUCUGAAAUCUUCCCUUUAAGGUUGCGUGCUCAAGCAUCUUCACUUGGGGCUGUGGGCAAUAGGGUCUGCAGUGGCCUUGUGGCCAUGUCUUUCCUUUCUGUUUCCCGUGCAAUUUCAGUUGCUGGAACAUUCUUUCUUUUUUCUGCUAUUUCUGCUCUUGCCAUUGUCUUUGUAUACAUGCUAGUUCCUGAAACCAAGGGGAAGUCUUUGGAGCAGAUAGAGCUCUUGUUUCAGAAUGACAAAGAGAUGCAAGGAAGUGAAAUGGAGUUAGGAGAUGUUGAAAUUGACCAACUUGUGCAGAACAAAACAGUUUUGACAAAUUAAUUGAUUAGCAUGUCUCAUAUGAAUGUGUCUAAUGGUUUGAAGAGGUUGUGGGGUGAUGUCAUGGCUACACAAAUUCCACUAGCUAUGUCCAAGUAUCCUAUAUGGGAAACUCUGGGGAGGACUUAGCUGGCAUUGAUGAUCUUCUACCACCACAGAUUUGAGAUCUAUCAGUAAUGGCAAAAGAAAAUAUGAAAAGAAGUAUAAUUCUUACUCUACUUUCCUAAUUGUACCGUUAUUCCAUUUCUUUUAAUUACAUUUGAGAGUAUAACAGAGGUGGCAUUGUACAUGGAAAGAGAUUGGUGACAGACUUGAUCUUGCUACCAAUGGUUCUCCUUGGAUGUUUUGACUUUUGAGUACUUCUAGUAAC